CGUAACUGCAAGCCAUGGAGCAUUCUUACGUCAAAAAUACUCCUCCCCCUGAUAAAAAGCGGCGAAUUACCGCGUACUGUUGUGUUCCCCAGUGUUCAAACUACAUUUGUGAAGCGAUUUGGGGUCAUACGUUUCCAAAGAUAGGGGCUGAAAGGAAGAAAUGGGAAGUCGCUCUGAAGAUGGGGAAGCCGGCGUCAGCUUCAAUGCGUGUUUGUUCAGCACAUUUUGUACCUACCGACUAUUUUCCUGGAGCUAAGAAGCGCCAUAAAUUGUUUCCACACGCUGUGCCCUCCCAAAAUCUACCAAAGAGAGUUUGUGACAAGUCAGAAUCAUCGCCCCAGAAACGACAGAAAGAGGCACGCAGGAACAGACUACACAGUCGGCGGCACAACAAGAACAACAUUGAAACUGUGUCUGAGAAUGAAUCCGAUGUAGAAGAGGGAGGCAACACGCAAGAUGAUUUUGUCUGUGAAAAUAUUUCCUGGGAUGCAUCUACUCAAGCAAAUCUAGCAUUUUCAUCAUCUGCCAGUUUGAAGAAGCUUUCAGAGACUCGCAGCCUUGCAGAUUUGAUUUGUGACUUGUCAAUCACCAAUGAUAAAGCCUGUCAGGCUUGUUUAGGAACCGAGUCUGAUGCCUCGACAGAAGAAAAGAAAUCAGUGACGUUGCCAGCAUUAUUGGACUCUGAUGCUAAACUGUUCACAUUUGCAGGCAUUCACUCAGUGGAACUCCUUGAAGGUUUAAUAGAUUGUGUCUCUGAUUUAGAUACUGGUUCAUCUGCAAAUAAGAAGAUUCUGCCAGUGAAGGACAGAGUUUUGCUGACUAUGGUAAAAAUUAAACUAAAUAUGAGUUUCACAGCUAUCGGAGUAUUAUUCAACAUCGGCAGACAAACCUGCUCCAAUUAUUUUAAGAAUAUGGCACCAAUGUUAGCCAGAGUGUUGAAAGUGAUGAUACCAUUCCCAGGGCCAGAGGAUAUAAGACUAAAUUUACCUCGAUCUUUCAAGAAGUAUAGAAAUACUAGAAUUAUUCUAGAUUGUGCUGAAACGCACAUUGAAAAAUCAAAGUGCCUGAAAUGCAGAGUGCUCACCUGGUCUCAAUACAAGAAGAACCAUACAGCAAAAUAUGACCUAGGAAUUACUCCUUCUGGUUUACUGACAGAGGUCAGUGAACCAUAUGGUGGGCGUGCCUCUGAUAAAUUAAUUGUGAAUCAAAGUAGAGUGCUUGAUAAACUAGACUAUGGAGACGCAGUGAUGGUUGACAAAGGAUUCCAGAUUGAAAAAGAAUGCUUGCUAAGGAAUGUCUCCCUAAUUAGACCUCCUUUUCUGAGAAAAAAGAAGCAGUUGAGCCAGCAGGAGGCUUUGGAGACAGCUGACAUAGCGAGGGCAAGAGUUCAUGUGGAACGUGUUAUUCAGAGGCUUCGUGAAUAUAAUUUAAUUAAAGGUCCAAUUCCUUGGUCAGUCCUUCCAUUCUUUCAUUCUGUUUUGUUAAUUGUUGCUGGCUUGACCAAUCUGGGCCCCCCUGUUAUCAGUACUGGUAGGUUCAUGUAAAAUUAAAAUCAUUGCAAGCAAUCAGGUACAUACAGUAUAUUGCACAAUUGAAGUUACAACUGAUUGCUUAUUGUUUUGAACAAUAAGAAACAGUGAGAUUCUUAAACAUUGUCACAUCAACAAAGUAA